AUGCCUCCCCCACCUGCUACAUGGAAGGGAUAUUGUGAAUUCAACUUUAUGGCAUGUAAUAACAAAAUUAUUGCUGCAAGAAAUUUCCUAAGUGGUGAUGGAACCCAAUUGGAUUUUGAUGGCCACGGGACACACACUGUAAGCACUGCUGCUGCUAAUUCCGUGAAAGGUGCCAAUGUCUUUGGAAAUGCUAAUGGCACUGCAGUUGGAGUCACCCCCCUUGCUCACUUGGCCACUUACAAAGUCUGUAGCAAUGUGUCUUUCUGCCUCGAGAGUGACAUGAUGGCAGCAAUGGACAUUGCCAUUGAUGAUGGUGUCAACGUGCUUUCCUUCUCGCUUGUUGGUGCAAGCACCAUUGAUCGGAAACUAGCCGCACUGGUUGUUCUAGGGAACAACGAGGAGCUUGAGGGAGAAUCAGCAUUUCAGCCCAAUGAUUUCCAUCCAAAACAACUUCCCAUUGUUUACCCUGGAUUGAAUUCUAGUAGGUUCUACAACACCAAUGACUACACCUUAACCAUAAUCAGACUCUUUCCAGAAUCCCAUAUUUUGAUUUAA